CUUGCUCACUGACUUCCACACCUCCGCUCAGCACAUUACACGAAAAGUUAUCUAGCGAAAGAGCUAAGAGCUUCUUAGUAUUACUACACAUAAAAUGGCUACGAUGUUCCGUACGGCUUUCAAAUCAUCUCUCCGUGCCUCCCCCUCCCUCCGCCAACCGACCCUCUCGCACGCCUCACCCAUCCUCUCCACCCUCGCACGCACCCGUCUCCUCUCCACCGAAGCCCGUUCCCAAAUCCAAAAGGCCAUCGACGACUCCCCCCUCGUCCUCUUCAUGAAAGGAAACCCCGACGCACCUCAAUGCGGCUUCUCGCGCGCGGUCGUCCAGGUGCUCGAUAUUCAUGGGGUACCGCCGGAGAAGAUGAAGACGUAUGAUGUGCUUGCGGAUUCGGAGUUGAGGAGUGGGAUUAAGGAGUUUAGCGAAUGGCCAACCGUCCCACAACUCUACGUCCGCUCCGAAUUCGUCGGCGGCUGCGACAUCGUCCUCUCCAUGCACCAAUCCGGCGAACUCGAAGACCUCCUGAUCAAGAAAGACAUCAUCGACGCACACCUCCCCGAAGACGCGCCCGGCUCCGAACCUGCAGCGGCCGAAAAGUCGUCAUGAGCUUGCCUCAACUUGCCUCGAGCGCAUUUCCCUUUCUCCUUCGCCGUUCCUUGCGCCGAGUCAGAGUCGAGUCUUUAUGUGCGCCUCGCUUCGCUUUGCGUCUUGCGGUUUACUCUAGAGAAGGCGACACCAUUGGUAUUUUGGGUCGGAGAUAGGGGUGAGCACUGAGCAGUUAGUGGCGCGUGGCGUGGUGAAGUGGCGCAUCGCUACCGAAGUCUCUUCGUUCCGCUGUUCCAACAUCUAUUCAGAGUGUCUAUAUUGCUCCAGCUCCAUUUUUCUCUUUGUUUCAGUCCUGUGUUUUAAUUUAUGCUAGCUCGCUCGCAGUCGGGGCUCACUCAGUUGUGUAGUGGGGGUUGUCGGUGUUGGUGAACAGUGGUUUCAUGUACAUAAUAAACAUCACAAAACAAAACAUCUACAUCUCCUCUCGCUUCCGAUUCACGAGCAUCCCAUCUAACAAGAAACAGACAAAGUAACAAGGAAAGAGGAAGUGUUCAAUGCCACGACCGUCUACGCCCAACGACGCCAAUAAACCCUGAGGCACGAAUACUGAACGACGCCGAUGCCAAUGAACCAAAACGCUGGACGACGCCAAUGAGCCCUACGGACAGUACUAGUCCCAAAAGACCAAAGACCGAAAGAGGAAGCAUACGCAUACGCAUAUUUUGCUGGACAUAUCGUGCGGAGCCAAAACGGGUACGGAGGGGGGAACGAGAAUGGGGAUGGAGCGUGG